GCUGCCCAGCCCACGCCGCGUUGUGUGUCCCCGUCCCCCCCCCCGUGCCCCCCCCAGGACUCGCAGCGGCCCGGCGCCCACCUGACGGUGAAGAAGAUCUUCGUGGGCGGCAUCAAGGAGGACACGGAGGAGCACCACCUGCGGGACUACUUCGGGCAGUACGGCAAGAUCGAGGUCAUCGAGAUCAUGACCGACCGCGGCAGCGGCAAGAAGAGGGGCUUCGCCUUCGUCACCUUCGACGACCACGACUCCGUCGAUAAGAUCGUCAUUCAGAAAUACCACACGGUCAACGGGCACAACUGCGAGGUGCGGAAAGCCCUCUCCAAGCAGGAGAUGGCCAGCGCCUCGGCCAGCCAGAGAGGCCGCAGCGGCUCCGGCAACUUCGGCGGCGGGCGCGGAGGCGGAUUCGGCGGCAACGACAACUUCAGCCGCGGCGGCAACUUCGGCGGCCGCGGUGGGUUUGGUGGCAGCCGCGGUGGCGGUUAUGGCGGCGGCGGAGACGGCUAUAAUGGAUUUGGCGGAGACGGUUACGGCGGCAGCGGCCCCGGUUACUCCGGCGGCAACCGGGGCUACGGCGGCAGCAGCACCUACGACGGCUACAACAACGGCGGGGGGGGCUUCGGGGGCGGCAGCGGAGGCCGGCGGCCCGCCCGGGGACCCGCGCUCGCCGUGCGGAACGGCCUCUCGGAGGCCGGCACAGGUGAGCCCCCGCGCCCUCGGACCCCGUUGAAUCCCCUCAGCCCCCGUU